GGUCAGCGCAGGAGGGAUAGAGUCAUUGAUUGCCAUGAAGACAUGCAAGUCCAUCAAUCAGGCCAUCCAUACAAUCAAUCAGUUGGAUCAUUCCAUUAGCUACCUGCCUCGUCCCACAGAGAUAAAGAGAGAAUGUGAUCUGUGCCUCACUGCACUGCCCGCACACACACACACAUCCCUCUCUGCGCUUUCUUCCACGUGUGUGUUGCACCGAAGAGGGAUGGAUGGCAGAGGUCUGCAAAAGGUGGAUGGGUGGGCAGAGAGAGAGGACCCGUGAAAGGAGAGAGAGUGAGAGAGUCACGGGUUGGAACAGCAGCCGCCUGGCCUGCCUCUGUCUGUCUAUCGUAUGCCUAUCGGCCAUCCACCCCCCAUCCACCCACCGCUCCAGCCAGACAAAUAGGACAAGACGCAGAUCCAGACACACGCAUGCGCGAGAACCACACACACAGAGGCAGGCCGGGCCGCACACAGAACAAACAUCCCACCCGCCCACCGUCCUCCCUCCCUCCCUCCCCCCGCACCGCAACCCCCACCCACCCCACACAUUAUGUGUCAGUCACUGUGUCAGGUCAUGACCACAUCGUUCUGGGCAUUCUGGGCAGCAAACGCACUCGAGGGUGUGGGGCCGGGGGCGGUCGCAGCAGCAGCAGCAGAUGGCUGAGCCACCAUGCUCACGCCCAUGCCCAUGCCGUCGUCCAUUCCCAUCCCCACAGUCCCCUCGCUCACAGAUGCCGCCAUCGCCAUCGGGGGAGGGGGGGCAGCAGACGGGCCAUCCUCCUCCAGCAGCGCCUCAUCCCUAUCGUCCCCUCCCUCACCCUGCCCACCGACCCGCAGCUGAGCCUGCUCCUGCGCGACGGUCUCGGCGUGGUACUUGAGGAACUCGGCAUACUGGCGCUUGAGGCUUGUGUGGUGUGUGGGGCAGUGGCCGGCCUGCUGGGCGGCCUGCUGGGAGCGCUGGGCGGCCCCCGCGCCGCGGUAGAGCAUCUCGUACUCGCGCAGCUGGUUCUUGAAGCCCUCGUUGAUCGUGAUGCAGUGGCGGCGCGUCAGCACGUAGUGAUGGGCCAUGUCUGCAGACACACACACACACACACAGACAUACAGACGUGCAGACGUGCAUACGUGUGGGUGGGCAUGUGUGUGUGUGUGGCGCGCACCACCGUGCUUACCGAAUGUGAGCUGGAACUCUUCCAUGACGUAGGCAACGAUCAGCGCAGCGCUACGCGACAUGCCGGCCGUGCCGUGCACCAGAAUCUUGCCUGCACAGCCACACACCACAGGAGCACCCCACUGCAUUCAGCGAACCAACCAACCAGCCCCAAUCUCCCUCCCUCCCUGCCUCCCAUCCACCAACCCCCCUCCCAUCCAUUAUAUCACCGACUGACCUCUCUGCGCCAGCACGGAUUUGAUGAGGUCCCUGGCUGGUCCGAAGUGUUUGAUGAUGUUCUGGAAGGAGUUGUCAUGCACCUCCAGCACCUGGUACCGGAACCGCUCGGGGAACUUCUCCUUGAUGAUGCGCGCCUCCGUCGGCGCACGCACUAUGAGGAUGUGCGUCACGCCCAGCUGCUGCAGCCGCUCGGCGUCCUUGGCGGCGCCGAACGGGCCCAGGAAGACCCCCGGCACGAUCUCCUGCGCCUCACGCUUCUUGGUGUAGAUCCAGUCGCAGUCGGGAGGCAGCAGGCCGCGGCGAAUCGCCUCAUCCAGCUGGUCCCACCGCAACGGCGCACCCAUCAGCUCAAGGCAGGGGAGUGAGUUGAGAGUAGGCGCGGCGCAACAGAGGCUGGCAGGCGUAGAGCACGUCAGCACCGAGGAUGAGCUGUCGACGGGACGUCAGAGGUGUGGCGAUGAAACCAACGGUUGAAUGGCUAUGGACGGCGAGGCUCCCUGCGAUUACAGAAAGGCGCUUUUGGUCCUCU